GCCGGAGCCCGGCGCGGGGAGAGUCCGGGCCGAUGGGCAGCUCCGGGCAGCGGCGGGCGGCGAGGCGGCAGCCCCGGUACGCGCCGCCCGGCGCGCACAGGCUGUAGCAGGUCCCGGCGGACGGCCUUGCGGAGGUGAAGGAAAUACUCAUGACCAGAUGUCUUAAGGAAUGCUGUUGGAAAGAACAGAUGUGUACAACGUUAUUAUGACGACAGAGAAGCAAGUUGGCUUUGGAGGAACUGUAUUCUGAGGAUGUUGUUUGCUUUGGGUUAAAAAAAAAAUACAACUACAGACAAGCCUUUAUAUCUGCAAGUAUUAUGGCGUGGUCAAUAGCAAUGUAAUUUGAUUUACAUCAGUCUUCCUGGUGAGACUUGGAGGCUCUUCCUCAGUAGACAUGAGUGACCCAAGGCAGUCACAAGAAGAGAAGCACAAGCUCGGCAGAGCCUCUUCAAAGUUCAAGGAUCCCCCUAGAAUCAUGCAGUCAGAUGAUUAUUUUGCUCGGAAGUUUAAAGCCAUUAAUGGCAACAUGGGACCCACUACUUCUUUAAAUGCCCCAAAUUCCAAUGAGACUGGCGGUGGUGGUCCGGCUAAUGGUACCCCAGCUGUGCCCAAGAUGGGUGUGAGAGCAAGGGUGUCUGAAUGGCCUCCUAAAAAGGACUGUUCCAAGGAGCUAACCUGCAAGGCACUGUGGGAAAGCCGGUCUCAGACCAGUUAUGAAAGCGUCACCUCCGCCAUGCAGAAUGGGCAGAGUGACCAGAGUGAAGGUCAGCAAGAGGAGCAGCUUGAUCUGGACUUCGUGGAGGCCAAGUACACCAUCGGAGACAUCUUUGUCCAUUCCCCUCAGAGAGGGCUUCACCCCAUAAGACAGAGGAGCAAUAGUGAUGUCACUAUCAGUGACAUUGAUGCCGAAGAUGUCUUAGAUCAAAAUGCAGUCAACCCCAACACUGGGGCUGCCCUGCACCGGGAGUAUGGAAGUACUUCGUCCAUCGAUAGGCAAGGCUUAUCUGGUGAAAACUUUUUUGCUAUGCUCAGAGGGUACCGAGUAGAAAAUUAUGACCACAAAGCAAUGGUCCCUUUCGGGUUCCCUGAAUUUUUCCCCUGUGACCCUGCAAUCUCUCCCAGCCUUCACGCAGCAGCACAGAUUUCUAGGGGAGAAUUUGUCCGCAUCUCAGGAUUAGACUACAUGGACAGUGCCCUCCUGAUGGGGAGAGACAGGGACAAGCCUUUCAAACGGAGGUUGAAAUCAGAGUCAGUGGAAACAUCCCUCUUUCGAAAGCUUCGAACUGUUAAAAGUGAGCACGAAACUUUCAAGUUCACAUCUGACCUGGAGGAGAGCCGACUUGAGAGGGGUGUUCGCCCUUGGAAUUGUCAGCGAUGUUUUGCACAUUAUGAUGUCCAGAGCAUUUUGUUUAAUAUCAACGAAGCCAUGGCUACGAGGGCUAAUGUGGGGAAAAGGAAAAACAUAACCACUGGGGCUUCUGCAGCAUCCCAGACUCAGAUGCCCACAGGCCAGACAGGCAACUGUGAGUCCCCUUUAGGGAGCAAGGAGGACCUCAACUCCAAAGAGAACCUGGAUGCCGAUGAGGGUGACGGGAAAAGUAACGACCUUGUCCUUAGUUGUCCUUACUUUAGAAAUGAGACUGGAGGGGAAGGUGACAGGCGGAUUGCGCUCUCUCGGGCCAACUCGUCCUCUUUCAGUUCUGGGGAAAGCUGCUCUUUUGAAUCGUCUCUCAGUUCUCACUGCACAAAUGCAGGUGUCUCAGUCUUGGAAGUGCCCAGAGAAAACCAGCCCAUUCACAGGGAGAAAGUAAAGCGCUACAUCAUAGAACACAUUGACCUUGGGGCCUACUAUUACCGAAAAUUCUUCUAUGGGAAAGAGCACCAGAACUACUUUGGAAUAGAUGAAAACCUUGGUCCAGUGGCAGUUAGCAUCCGGAGAGAGAAGGUGGAAGAUGCCAAGGAGAAAGAAGGAUCCCAGUUCAACUAUAGGGUGGCUUUCAGGACAAGUGAGCUUACAACUCUGAGAGGAGCAAUUUUAGAAGAUGCUGUACCCUCCACUGCUAGGCAUGGUACCGCACGAGGACUACCUCUCAAAGAAGUUUUGGAAUACGUCAUUCCAGAGCUGAGCAUUCAGUGCCUGCGACAGGCUUCCAACUCACCCAAGGUCUCAGAGCAGCUGCUUAAGCUUGAUGAACAAGGGCUGAGCUUUCAGCACAAGAUCGGGAUCCUUUAUUGCAAAGCAGGCCAGAGCACAGAGGAAGAGAUGUAUAACAAUGAGACAGCGGGACCAGCUUUUGAAGAAUUCCUUGAUCUGCUGGGCCAGAGAGUCCGACUGAAAGGAUUUAGUAAAUAUCGAGCUCAGCUAGACAAUAAGACUGAUUCCACGGGCACGCACUCUCUCUAUACCACAUACAAAGACUACGAACUCAUGUUCCAUGUGUCGACCCUGCUUCCCUACAUGCCCAACAACAGACAGCAGCUACUGAGGAAAAGGCACAUAGGAAAUGACAUCGUCACCAUCGUCUUCCAGGAGCCUGGGGCACUUCCUUUUACUCCAAAAAGCAUCCGGUCUCACUUUCAGCAUGUCUUUGUCAUAGUCAAAGUGCAUAAUCCAUGUACCGAAAAUGUGUGUUAUAGUGUUGGAGUUUCCAGAUCAAAAGAUGUGCCACCAUUUGGCCCACCGAUUCCCAAAGGUGUAACUUUUCCAAAGUCAGCUGUCUUCCGGGACUUCCUUUUAGCCAAAGUAAUCAACGCAGAAAAUGCAGCCCAUAAAUCGGAAAAGUUUCGUGCGAUGGCCACUCGAACAAGGCAAGAGUACUUGAAAGAUCUGGCGGAGAACUUUGUCACAACUGCCACUGUGGAUACUUCUGUGAAGUUCAGCUUCAUUACGCUGGGUGCAAAGAAAAAGGAGAAAGUCAAGCCAAGGAAGGAUGCCCACUUGUUUAGCAUUGGAGCCAUCAUGUGGCAUGUGAUAGCACGGGACUUCGGCCAGUCUGCUGACAUCGAAUGUCUUCUUGGGAUUUCCAAUGAGUUCAUCAUGUUGAUUGAAAAGGAUUCCAAGAAUGUUGUAUUCAACUGUUCCUGCAGGGAUGUUAUUGGGUGGACAUCUGGAUUAAUGAGUAUCAAAGUGUUUUACGAAAGAGGAGAAUGUAUCCUCCUGUCCUCAGUAGACAACUGUGCUGAAGACAUACGGGAAAUUGUUCAGCGAUUAGUAAUAGUGACAAGAGGCUGUGAGACUGUGGAAAUGACCCUAAGGAGGAACGGGCUGGGCCAGCUUGGAUUCCAUGUGAAUUUUGAAGGAAUUGUUGCAGAUGUGGAACCUUUUGGCUUUGCCUGGAAGGCUGGCCUUCGCCAAGGGAGCCGCCUCGUGGAGAUCUGCAAAGUAGCCGUGGCCACUCUCACACAUGAGCAGAUGAUCGACCUGCUCCGUACUUCUGUGACUGUGAAGGUGGUCAUCAUCCAGCCCCAUGAUGAUGGCUCGCCCCGAAGAGGGUGUUCAGAGCUCUGCAGGAUCCCCAUGGUGGAAUACAAACUCGACAGUGAAGGCACCCCCUGCGAGUAUAAAACCCCUUUCAGGAGGAACACCACAUGGCACCGGGUGCCCACCCCUGCCUUGCAGCCCCUCUCCAGAGCUUCCCCCAUCCCCGGCACGCCCGAUCGGCUGCAGUGCCAACAGCUGCUCCAGCAGGCCCAGGCCGCCAUUCCUCGAAGCACCUCCUUCGACCGGAAGCUGCCCGAUGGCACGAGAAGCUCACCCAGCAACCAGUCAUCCUCCAGCGACCCCGGACCUGGCGGGAGCGGACCCUGGAGACCACAAGUGGGCUGCGACGGGUGCCAGUCCCCUCUACUGCUUGAACACCAAGGCUCAGGCCCUUUGGAGUGUGAUGGAGCCAGGGAGAGGGAAGACUCCAUGGAAGCAAGCAGGCACCCGGAAACCAAAUGGCAUGGCCCUCCUUCCAAGGUCCUGAGUUCCUAUAAGGAAAGAGCUCUGCAGAAAGAUGGAAGUUGCAAAGAUUCCCCCAAUAAACUUUCUCACAUUGGGGAUAAAAGUUGCUCCAGCCACUCCAGCAGCAACACACUCUCCAGCAACACCUCCAGCAACAGUGACGACAAGCACUUUGGGUCUGGCGACCUGAUGGAUCCCGAAUUACUGGGGCUGACCUACAUCAAAGGGGCCUCCACCGACAGUGGCAUCGACACGGCCCCGUGCAUGCCCGCCACCAUUCUUGGCCCCAUGCACCUGGCUGGCAGCAGGUCCCUGAUCCACAGCCGAGCUGAGCAGUGGGCUGACACUGCUGAUGUCUCGGGGCCUGAUGACGAGCCGGCCAAGUUGUACACUGUGCAUGGCUACGCGUCCGCCAUCUCUGCCAGCAGUGCUGCGGAAGGCAGCAUGGGCGAUCUCAGUGAGAUAUCCUCUCAUUCCAGUGGUUCUCACCAUUCAGGAAGCCCUUCAGCUCACUGUUCAAAAAAUAGUGGGUCUCUGGAUUCAUCCAAAGUCUACAUCGUGUCGCACAGCAGCGGACAACAGGUUCCCGGGUCCAUGUCCAAGCCCUACCACAGACAAGGGGCAGUGAACAAAUAUGUCAUCGGCUGGAAGAAAUCGGAAGGCAGCCCACCACCCGAGGAGCCAGAAGUGACUGAAUGUCCCGGGAUGUAUAGUGAGAUGGAUGUCAUGUCUGCAGCAACUCAGCAUCAGACAGUAGUGGGAGAUGCCAUUGCAGAGACUCAACAUGUUCUGUCUAAAGAAGAUUUUCUGAAAUUGAUGCUUCCUGACAGCCCCUUAGUGGAGGAGGGGCGAAGAAAGUUUUCGUUCUAUGGGAACCUGUCUCCAAGGAGGUCGCUUUACCGCACGCUGUCUGAUGAAAGCAUCUGCAGCAACAGGAGGGGGUCCUCCUUUGGCAGUUCCCGGAGUUCCAUGCUUGACCAAGCCCUGCCCAACGACAUUCUGUUCAGCACCACCCCACCCUACCACAGCACGCUGCCGCCACGGACCCACCCCGCACCCAGCAUGGGGAGCCUGAGAAAUGAGAUCUGGUUCUCCGAUGGGUCCUUAUCAGAUAAGUCCAAGUGCACAGAUCCUGGCCUGAUGCCCCUCCCGGACACAGCCACAGGGUUAGAUUGGACCCACCUCGUGGAUGCUGCACGAGCAUUUGAAGGUCUUGACUCAGAUGAAGAACUGGGGCUGCUCUGUCACCACACGUCCUAUCUAGACCAGAGGGUGGCAUCCUUCUGCACCCUGACAGAUAUGCAGCAUGGGCAGGACCUGGAAGGGGCCCAAGAACUGCCCUUGUGUGUAGAUCCAGGCAGUGGCAAAGAGUUCAUGGAUACAACUGGGGAGCGUUCUCCAUCAACACUGACGGGUAAAGUUAAUCAGCUGGAAUUAAUUCUUCGACAACUCCAGACCGACCUUCGUAAGGAAAAACAAGACAAGGCAGUUCUCCAGGCAGAAGUGCAGCACCUGAGACAGGACAACAUGAGGCUGCAGGAGGAGUCCCAGACCGCGACCGCUCAGCUGCGGAAAUUCACAGAAUGGUUUUUCAACACCAUCGACAAGAAAUCUUAGCCAGUCCGCACCUCAUCAAGGGACUGUUGGGAAAUGCCUCUUGUCCUUUGAAGUCACAAACGUGGUUUUUAUGUGUGCUUUCAGCCAAUCGUAGAUGUCUUUGCUGUUCCAUUCUGUGUAGCACCAUUCACCACAGCAGGAUAGGGAGUCUCGACUCUUUCUCGGUAACCACAGCAGAGAGCAGCACCGAUGUGAAGAUGAAUGAAUGUAACUCCUGGUGUGAAGAUGAAUGUAAAUCCUGGCGAUAGUUGAGACCUUUUUCUUUUAGACUCUGCUAAAACAAUGCUCUGGCUUGGUUUUAUUUCCUAUAUAUCAGGUGACCUGGUAGAGACGUAAAGCAAUUUACCAUAGUUUGGGCUUUAGUAUUGUAAAAUAAACAUGAAAACAAAUAAUCAGACAUAUACUUUAAUGUUAAAGGUGCUCUAUUUUUUUGGAUGUACAGUAGUUUUAUUUCCACAGCCACAUUACCAUAGCAAUAAGAAAGGAGGCAUAGUAAAUAGUUGGAAAAGCUUUGUGGGGGGAUUAAAAAAAAAAAAAGCACUGAUGUGUUUAACACUAGUUCAAAUGCAGUUACCUUAGAGACUUAUUUAUUUGCAGGAACAAAUGGUGCCUGAAUAUUAACAGUGUUCUGAUU